UGACAGGCAUUGGGGAUCUCCCCAACACCCUGGUCCUCCCUUCUUCCCACUCUUCACCCCUCCCUUCGAGACCCCAUUACAGCUCGGACCUCAGGUACAUGCGGAUGACCCGGAGCGUGGACAACGUUCAGUUCCUGCCCUUUCUCACCACGGAAGUCAACAACCUGAGUUGGCUGAGUUAUGGGGCCUUGAAGGGAGACGGGGUCCUCUUCGCUGUCAACGCAGUGGGUGCUGCGCUUCAGGCCCUGUAUAUCUUCGUGUACCUGCACUACUGCCCUCGGAAGCAUGUUGUGCUCCUACGGACUGCAGCCCUGCUAGGGAUCCUUCUCCUGGGUUAUGGCUACUUUUGGCUCCUGGUGCCCGACACUGAGACCCAGCUUCAGCAGCUGGGUCUUUUCUGCAGUGUCUUCACUAUCAGCAUGUACCUCUCACCACUGGCUGAUUUGGCCAAGGUCAUUCAGAUGAAAUCAACCCAGUGUCUGUCCUUCUCACUCACCAUUGCCACCCUUCUUACCUCUGCUUCCUGGACCCUCUAUGGGUUACGACUCAGAGAUCCCUACAUCACGGUGCCCAACUCUCCAGGAAUCAUCACCAGCUUUAUCCGCCUCUGGCUUUUCUGGAAGUACCCCCAGGAACAAGACAGGAACUGUCGGCUCCUGCAAACCUGAGGCAGCUCACCUGACCACUAGGCACCUUAAUGCCAACUUGAUACCAAAGAGAGCUCCUUGUUUCAGCUGGUCCCACUGACCGGCUCUCCAGGUGCAGUGGGUUGUGGGAACAAGAGAUGACUUGGGAAAAUAGAAGGACCAAAGAAAAAAUUUAAUUAGAUAAUCAGGAGGAAACUAGGAGAUGAAAUCACUUUUAUUUUUUAGAGAGAUUAUUUUUUUUUAAUUUUGGAGGUUGGGGUCUUUAGACUAUGCCUUAAAAUAAAAGUGUUCCCCAACCCUGCC